AUGAACGUUGCAUUUGCAGUCAAGUGGCAUGAAAAUAUUGCGAAUAUCACGAACCCCGUACAAGCUGCUCAGAGAACCUGGGCACACUCUCCGUAUACCAAGGUCGAGUGGGUGUCUCAGAUAUUUGAUAACGGCUACGCGUCAGCUCUGUUUCUUUGGAAGAUCAAGGGCGGGUUCCACCAUGCAGCAUCCGACUCCGGUCGCGUCACAAAUGGCUCCAUGGAUUCUUUGUCUGGGAGGUUGAGGAUGUUGUUCUGGAUCGCAUUAACUAACUUCGUGUUUCCCGUGGUAUUUAAUCUCGUUCAGAUCAUCAUCAUAUUCAGCAAGAACUCGUUCUUUGUUGGAGCAUAUAUUAUGAUGGUCAACACGUUCGUAUCUAUCCUCGGUGUUGUUUUUGCCACAGUCUGGAGCUCCUCUCUCAAGGCUCGCGGGCCAACCACAACAUUCUCAAGAUCCCAAACGGGGCGAACUCUACCCUUAAUCUUCAAACAUACUGUCACUGAUUCAGACACGCUCGGAAAAUCAAGGGACAGCAGCAAUGGGUUUGACCGAACCAAUGCGAAGGUGCCCUCAAAUUUUGACGAGAUGCCGCUUGAGACUAUUGCUCUAGGGAAGGCGGACUGA